AUGGCUCAAGCUAACCAUCACGGCGGUGACUGGGACCCUAACUCGGUUCCCGCCGCACAGUCAUACCAGACUCAGGGAAACCACGGAGGUGUCAUGGAUACUGACGAGACUGGAAAGCCCGCGCAGUACACCAGUACGCCAUCUCCAGGCCAAGCCAGCCAUCCGACAGUGCAGUCGACCGGCAGUCCUUCCUACCAGUCCCCUAGCCCAGCAUAUUACCCUUCGCAGAGCCCUCCUAUGAGCUAUACACAAUCUCCCACUCCUGGACAGGGCUAUGUCGCUGCUGGGAACAUCCAGCCGGCCCCGCUCCAGCAACAAUACGUUGCUCGACAGGUCGCUCCCAAGUCCACCGUGAUGAACCAGAUCAUCCCACUGCACAAUAAUCCUGAUGCAUUCACCACGAACAAAUAUGACAAAGAGUUCCCUACCAACCUCAAGGAUACGCAGCACGUGUUCUCCUCGCACACCAUCUUCCGAUGGAAGCGUCCGCAUCAUUACCAGUCGCCGGGCUAUGUCUAUGCUUCCACCCAGGAAUUCCGCCAUCGUGACUUUGCCGGCCGUGUCACUCGUGGUCCCUACUUUGAUCGAUACUUGCACCACAACGACGGUCGCUUGCGCAAGCUCAUCGUUGCGUCGACCGACGAGAUCUUCCAGGGUCCUGGCACUUCGACCUGGCGCCGCACCUAUGUGCGCAAGGUGUCACCCUUGAUCGUGCGCCUAGCUACCUGGGUCAUGGACUUCAGCUAUGACCCAGAGACUUAUACCUGGGAGGACUGGGGCGUCAUGCUUCUCAGAGCCUUCCCGGCCGCUCUAGCCAUGCAGUUCGUCUUCUGGCAGGGUGAGCCCGAGCGCUGGCAGUUCAGCGGCUGCUACGCGCCGGUCCCGUACCGUUUCUGGGGAGAUGCCAAGGUCUGGAGCAAUCAUCUGGAGAACAAGGUCGGCACCUCGCUGCUAGCCCGCAACAACUCCAUCUACCGUGUUCUCAAGCCGCGCCACCUCUGCUUCUUGCGCAACCCCUUCGACACCGAGACUCUCCAUGGCGUUGAUGUCCGUGACGUAGGUGAGUGGGAGAGCACCGAUGGCGCCGGUGCCGACUUGUCAUACCUAUUCAUCGCCUACUCAACCGAGCAUUUCAGCCACUCUUCGGAGGAGGAUAAGAUAGCGUUGCACCAGAUCGCCGAGACCGCCGCCAGGGCGGCCAAGGUGCCCGCGUACUGGGUAGCCGCGAGUUGCAUGCGGAAUCCCGCCGAGUUGGAGGCCGAUGUCUACCGCAUCUCAGAUGUUCUCCGCGGCGCUCAUGGGAUGAUCAUCGCCGUCGGUCAGUCAAAGGAGAAAGCUGCCGUGCAGCGACUGUCCACAGACCAGCUUCUCGCUCAAUGGGGCACCCGCAUGUGGACGUUCCCCGAGGUGCUUUUGAGUCCCGGCCAGCACAUCCCCGUCUACACCCGGGGCGGCAACCUGCGAGCGCCCAUGGUUGUCAGCAAGAAUCAGUUUGCCGGUCGCGUCUGGAUCAAGACCGACGCAGAGCAGUCGCGCCAGCUUGUUGACCACUAUCUCGGCAAUCUAGACCUAAGUCGCCUAGAGCUCGCAGUGACGGCCCUCAAAUGCCUAUACGACCGGAACACGACGGAGCAUCUUCCUGGCGACCAGGCUUAUGCCCUUAUGGGCCUUCUUCGCCUACGACCCCAGAUCGACAAGACUGACUCUCCCUUCCAGGCCUUCUCUCGGCUGUCUCUUGCCAACGACUCUGACAAACUUCUUGAGCGAUACCUCUGCACCCUACCCAACAAUUCGCAGCAGCCCUGGUACAACAUGUCCGAUGCUUAUAACUCUGCUUUAUGGGAUAUCGAGCCCUACUGCCAGGUCGCCGCCAUCUGCGACCGUGACACCAUCGUGCUUGACGGGGCUCGUGGUGCUUCCAUCCGCUGGAAGUCCUUCUUCCCAGUCGGCUUCCGCACGGGCUUCUCAUGGAAGCGCUGGUUCGCCGUCAAGGCUAUGGAGAAUAUGUCACUGCUGCUCAUCCUCAUGAUCGUUUUCUUUGUCACGAACAUCAUCCCAGGCGGCGUUGUCUGCCUUCUGCUGUGGCUCUACAUCUUCGUCAACACGCCGAGUCUGAUCCGCACCGUCUACGGCGGCAAGUUCACCGAGGUGCAGGCUGCGCUGUUUGGCUUCGAGGGCUAUCUCAACGCUCCGACGGUCGAGAGGGCCAUCUUUGGCGGCAACUUUGGCCGCUUCAGCUGGUCGACCAACGGUAGCCCGCUCAGUGUGUCCAAUGUCAACGAGGAUGGCGAGAGGGUCGGUGUAGACCCGAGUACAGACCCUGAAGUGCGGCAGAAGAUUGAGAGAUCCAAGACGGCCAAACCGGGCGAGAUGAGGGUCUUCACUCUCGUCGACACCUACAACAUGCAACUGACCCUCUUCGAGGCGGUGCGUCCCCCGGUCUGUCUCUUCCUCUGCGCCAGCGAAGGCGGUAUGCAGCGUGCUGUUGGCUGCUCCUACGACUGGACGACGCAGACCAUGUACCGCGAGACGGUGCUGCGGAUGCCUACCGAGUCACUAAACAGAAUGGACCGGGUCACCCGUGUGCGCAUUGGCAUCCAGCGUCCGGAGAUGCCCUCCUACCCGGCAGGCUCGGUAAUGCAGGGUGUGUAA